CCCGCCCCUUCCGGUCCCCGGCGGUGGCGGGCAGAGGUGAUGGCGGCGCCCGUGGGCCGGUGCUGCGGCCGGGCCGUCCUGCGGCAGGUCCGCUCCCCGACCCCGCACCGGGCCUGCAGCAGCCGCCCGGCCGCCGGGACCGCCUCCCGCAGCCCCGGCCGCCCGCGGGAGGAGAAGGAACGGCGGCUGCUGCGGCGGGAGGCGGUGCUGGAGGCCCGGGGAGGGGCCGGAGGGGACCGCGGCGAGCGAAAGUGGUCGGAGCCACCGGUGAUCACUUACGACGUGCCGACCAGUCCCGGAGAGAGGAAAGAUACCUCGGUCCCUUUGCCUGACUCCUACAGCCCCCAGUACGUGGAGGCUGCCUGGUACCCCUGGUGGGAGCAACAAGGCUUCUUCAAACCCGAGUAUCAUGCCCGACUGUCUCAGCGAGAGGACUCCACCUUCACCCUGUGUAUCCCCCCACCCAACGUCACCGGCUCCUUGCACCUGGGGCACGCGUUGACCGUCGCAAUCCAGGACGCUGUGGUUCGAUGGCAUCGGAUGCGGGGCUGCAAGGUGCUGUGGGUUCCGGGGUGUGAUCAUGCAGGAAUUGCCACCCAGGUGGUGGUGGAGAGGCAGCUGCAGCGGGAACGUGGGAUCAGCCGGCGGGACCUGUCCCGGGACCAGUUCCUGCAGGAGGUGUGGCGAUGGAAGGAGGAGAAGGGGGAAGAGAUCUACCGUCAGCUGCGCCGCCUGGGCUCCUCGCUGGACUGGGACCGGGCCAGCUUCACCAUGGACCCGGGUUUCUGCGAGGCGGUGACGGAGGCGUUUGUCCGUCUGCACGAGGCAGGCCUGGUGUACCGCAGCCAGGGGCUGGUGAACUGGUCAUGCGCUCUCAACUCUGCCAUUUCCGACAUCGAGGUGGAGAGCCGGCCCCUGAGAGGACGCACACACAUCUCGGUGCCGGGCUACCAGGAGAAGGUGGUCUUCGGAGAGCUGGUGAACUUUGCCUACCUGACCGAGGACGGGGGUGCGGAGAUUGUCGUGGCGACCACACGGCCGGAGACCAUGUUGGGGGAUGUGGCUGUGGCCGUGCACCCCGAGGACGAGCGCUACACGCACCUCCAGGGGAAGUGUGUCCGUCACCCGUUCACGGCGCGGCAGCUGCCCGUCCUCACCGACCCGCUGGUGGACCCCGGCUUCGGCACAGGUGCGGUGAAGGUGACUCCGGCCCACGACCACAUGGACCACCAGCUGGGGCUCCGACACCACCUCCCCCUCCUCACCGUCAUCCACGAGGACGGCACCAUGGUUGCCCAGGCUGGCGGCUGGCUGCAGGGUGUGAAGAGGUUCGACGCUCGGCAGCAGGUGAUGGCGGCACUGAUGGAGCGAGGCCUGUUCCGGGGAACGGAGGAACACCCCAUGGUGCUGCGGCUGUGCAGCCGGUCGGGGGAUGUGGUGGAGCCGCUCCUGAAGAGUCAGUGGUACGUGAGGUGUCGGGAACUGGCAGAGAGCGCCAUGGCGGCCGUGGAGAGCGGAGAGCUGACCUUCACCCCUGCCUCCCUGCAGAACACCUGGAACGGUUGGCUCUCGAACAUCAGUGAUUGGUGCGUGUCCCGCCAGCUGUGGUGGGGUCACCGGAUUCCAGCCUAUCGCGUCUCGCUCCCGGACUCGCCUGACCCAGAGCACAAUUCCGGCGAGCUGUGGGCAGUGGGCCGGACACAGGGCGAGGCCCGAGCGAAGGCUGCAAGGCAGCUUGGCCGGGAGGAGAGCGAGAUCACGCUGACGCAGGAUGCCGACGUUUUGGACACCUGGUUCUCCUCGGCGCUCUUCCCCUUCGCGGCUCUGGGAUGGCCACGGGAGACGGCUGACCUGCGAGACUUCUACCCCAGCUCGCUGCUGGAGACGGGCAGCGACCUCAUCUUCUUCUGGGUGGCCCGGAUGGUGAUGCUGGGCCGGGGGCUGACGGGACAGCUGCCGUUCCCACAGGUCCUCUUCCACCCACUGGUGAGGGAUGCCCACGGUCGGAAGAUGAGCAAGUCCCUGGGGAACGUCAUCGACCCUCUGGACGUGAUCAGUGGGAGCUCGCUGGAGGAGAGGCUGCGGGAGGGGAAUCUGGACCCUCGGGAGUGUCGCAUCGCCCUGGAGGGGCAGCGCCGGGAUUUUCCGCACGGGAUCCCUGAGUGCGGCACGGACGCCCUGCGCUUCACCCUGUGUUCCCACCGGUGUCAAGGAGAGGACAUUAACGUGGACGUUGCCUCCUUCCUGAGCGCCCGCCGGUUCUGUAACAAGAUCUGGAACGGCAUGAGGUUCACCUUGUCCGUCCUGCCCGAGAACUUCCACCCACUGCCGCUGGACGAGGUGCUGGGGACGGAGGGGAGCGCCGCCAUCGACCGCUGGGUGCUGGGGCGGCUGCACCGCACCGUCGCCGUGUGUGAGCGUGGCUUCCGGGAGCUCGACCUGUCGCUGGUCACCGGCGCCCUUCACCGCUUCUGGCUGCAUGACCUGUGUGACGUCUACCUGGAAUGUGUGAAGCCAGUGGUGCGGGGAGAGGGGGGCCGUGUGCGGGACCCAGCGCUCCAGACCCUCACCGCCUGCACCGACCUGUCCCUGCGGCUGCUCUCGCCCUUCAUGCCCUACCUGAGCGAGGAACUGUGGCAACGUCUCCCGGGCCGUGAGGGCCGGCCGGAACCCAGCAUCUGCCUCGCCCCCUACCCCACCCUCGGACAGCUGCCGGACUGGAGUUGUCCACAGCUGGAGUCGGACUUCCUCUUGGUGCAGGAAGUGGUGCGCGCGGUGAGGGCGCUGCGGGCUGAUUAUCAGCUGACCAAGGCUCGGCCGGAACUCUACGUAUCCUGCGGGGAGGAGGAGGCCGGCCGCCUGCAUCCCUUCCUCGGGCCCCUGCAGACCCUCUCCCGCUCCAGAUGGGCGCAGCUGCUGAGCCCCGGGGAGGGGCCGCCCCCGGGGUGCGCGGUCGCCGUGGUGAACCCGCGCUGUCGGCUCCACCUCCGGCUCCAGGGGGCCGUCGACCCGCGGAGGGAGCUGGCGAAGUUGGGGGAGAGGCGGCGGCGGCUGGAGGCGGAGCUGGAGACCGUCGUCAGCCGGACACGGACGGCCGGCUACAUGGAGAAGGUUCCAGAGAGGAUCCGGCUGGAGAACGCACGGAAGGUGGACGCCCUGCGGGCAGAGCUGCAGCAAGUGAGGGAGGCGGCGCAUGGGCUGGAGCAGCUGCAGGGCGGGGCGAGCUGAGGAGACGACCCCCACACCCCCUCCCCACCCGGUCCCAGAGGGGGACGGGACGGUGUGUGACCCACUGCCCCACCAGACGGGGUACUGUUGGUGUCCGUGUGCGGGGUUAGGACGGUCUCCCAGUGACGGGUUCUACAGUGAUGUUCCCAGCUCUGGGUCGGUCCCACACACAAGCUGGGCACUCGCCGUGGGUCAGACCGGCUGAGAUGAGCACCCCAGUCUCACUUCCUUCCUGGAUUCCUGUAGCUCCUCAAACCUCUCUCCCUGGAUUCCAUCCCGACCUCUGGCGCUGUCUGUAUGUGUGUGGAGUUUGCACCUUCUCUUUGUGAAGGCGCAGGUUCUCCUCCCUCCCCACAAUCCCCCCCCCGGGGCUCUGGUUUCCCCUCCCAUGUCCCAGCGACGUGCGGGUCGGUGGGUUAAUUGCCCCUGGCGCCUGGGUGAGUAGCAAAGCAAAUCCAAGGGGAGUGGCAGCCUUGUGAAGAUGGGCGUUACAGGGCUGUGGGGGGGGGGGGGGGGACAGGAACCUCCUGAGAGCUAGCAUGAACCUGCUGGGCCGAAUGGCCAAACAUAGAGUUGAUCAGGGACUGAUUCCGACGUGUGUGUCCGAGAAUCUUCCCCCAAACGUCCGACAUAUCUGGAAGCAGUGAUGCGGUGCCCCCCCCCCCCCCCCCGCCCUCUGCGUGAAGCAAUGCCUCCUGUGUUCAGUCCCAAAAGUCUGAUCUCCCCUCCCUGUUCUGGGAUAGACCUCCUUGUUCCAAUGUCUCCAACCUCAGGAAAUAGCCUCUCUGCAUCUCUCUGGUCGCCCUCACCAAUAUCCAGCCUCAGUGAGGCCCCCGUUCUCUGUCGACGUGGUCCCAACCUAGUGAUGGGCCUCGGGCAUCGACCCACUGAAACGUCUCCAACACAAAGUCUCUGUCCUGACGGGGAGACUGAAACGGCGGCCGGUCCACCAGCUGAUGCAUCUUCCGCCGUUGGACUUCAACCGCCUGGCAAUGAAGGCAAGGGUGUGGCUUGUUCUCUGAACCUGGAUCCCGAGUUCUGCCAGCCUGAAACAUUAGCUCUCCACAGCUGCCGCCUGCUCUGCUGCACAUUCCUGGUGUCCAGUUUGUCGGUUGUGGAUGUUGGGAAGGUGGAGGGGGGGAGCUGGGGCUGUGGUGAUGGAGCAGUGAGAACCUCUGUGGACUUUAAAAGUGGUUAAAAUCGGUGACGCCGAAUUAAAAUAAAACAUUUCUCACGAGAGGCCGCAGUGGAAA